GUGUCCGGGUAAGAUGGCGUCGGAAGAGCAGUGCUCGGCACCACCUCGAUGGCGGUCGAUAUCCUUAACCCACGUAGAAUAUCCGGCAGGCGAUCUGACGGGGCAGGUAUUGGCCUACAUGAGCCUGCUGCCCAUCGCGAUCCUUGUCGGAUUCGUCACUCUGAUCGUCUUUAAGCGAGAACUACAUACGAUCUCAUUUUUCGGGGGUCUGAUCAUGAACGAGGGCUUAAACUGGCUGCUCAAACACAUCCUACAGGAGCCUCGGCCGUGCGGAGGUCACAGUUCAGUCACGACAGAGUACGGGAUGCCCUCCAGUCACUCGCAGUUCAUCUGGUUUUUUGUUGUAUACUUUUUUCUUUUUCUUUAUUUAAGAAUGCAUCAGACGAACAAUGCUCGGUGUGUUGAAUUGUUAUGGCGGCAUAUAUUGUCCAUCAUGCUACUGGCCGUGGCGUUGUCUGUUUCAUACAGCAGAGUUUACCUCCUGUACCACACCUGGAGUCAGGUGAUUUAUGGGGGCGUGGCUGGGCUCGUGAUGGGCGUGGUUUGGUUUUUUAUCACCCAGGAGGUGCUAACGCCACUCUUUCCCAAGAUAGCAGCCUGGCCGAUCUCAGAGUUUUUCUUGGUGAGAGAUACAAGUCUCAUUCCCAACAUCCUGUGGUUUGAAUAUACAGUAACCAGAUCAGAAGCCAGAAACAGACAACGAAAGCUGGGAACGAAGCUUCAGUGAUUUUUCUGCAAAAACAAAACAAUGAAAACUGACACAAACACACACACACACAAAGCGCACACACACACACACACACACACACACUCUCAAACACACUGGAGUUUCCUCGUCUGGACUGUUCUGGUUGGUGUGAAUUGCAGAACAGUGUACAUGUGGACCAAAGGAGCAAAUUUAUAUCGCAAGACGUGAGCAUUUUCACACGACCCAACCGUUCGCACGACAACAUGGCCUUCUCCUUCCUCCCCCGCGCUCCUAAUGCAUGCGGAGAGAAAAAAAAACAAAACUAUUUAAUGACAAAUGUAAUAUAUAUUUUAUUCAUUAACACUCACAGGGAAGACCGCUGUGAAAUGGGAGGACAGAAUAUUUUAGGAGGAGACAAACUUAACAGCAUGGCAUUACUUUUAUUUAAACCACACGUUAAAGCAGCGGGAAUUUAGUCUGGCUAGUGAAAUCAGGAGAAAGGAGGAGGAGGGGAAGGAAAACAGAAACAAAUGCAGCAUUGAUGGUAGACGAUGGGGUGGGGGGGACUGAUUUUGCUCAUUUGUACAUCUUCCAGAGAAAUAAAUCUACCAGGUGAAUGACACCAUGUGUCUGUUAAACAUUUCACCACAAAA